AUGACCAAUCUUAGCUUUAUUGAUUUUGGCGAAAAUAGCUUUUCGGGUAUGCUUCCUCCCUCAAUCUUUAAUCUCUCUUCUCUCAUAGACCUUAUUAUGGGAGAGAAUGAAAUCCAAGGGAGUCUACCCUCAAACUUAGGUAUGGUCUUUCCGAGUCUCCAAACAUUUUCUAUUUCCAAUAACCAAUUCAGUGGAUCUAUUCCUGUUUCAUUAUCAAAUGCCUCAAAUCUAUUUAGAUUGGGGAUCGGAGGUAACCACCUGCAUGGAAAAGUCCCUCCAUUGACGAAUUUGCACAAGCUUGAGUGGUUAAUCCUUGCUGGCAACCAUCUCCGAAGUGGGGGAAUUGAUGACUUGACCUUUCUCUGCGAUUUGACCAACGCCACCCAUUUAGAAAUUCUCCAAAUGUUUACCAACAAUUUUUGGGGCACGUUACCUCAGUGCAUAGGAAACCUGUCUUCUUCUCUUCAAAUCUUCAUUGUAGCUCAAAAUAAAAUAUUAGGAAGUAUCCCGAAUGAGAUUGUAAAUCUGGCUAACUUAGAGCUUUUGGGGAUGGACGAGAACCAAUUUUCAGGUCACAUUCCCCCUGGUCUAGGAAAGCUGCACAAGUUAUAUGAAUUAGCUUUUAAUGGGAACUCUCUCUCUGGCAAUUUUCCAUCCUCUUUCAGAAAUUUAAGUCAAUUAAAUGUGUUAAGCUUAGCAGGCAACAAACUUCAAGGCAAUAUCCCGCCGAGUUUAGCAGAGUGUCAGAAUUUGAGGAUCUUACAUCUUGGUGCCAACAAUUUCAGCGGUAUCAUAUCGCAAGAAAUCUUUGGUCUGCUAAACUUGUAUGAUUUGAGUUUAGGACAAAAUCAGUUUAUAGGCUCCUUGCCAGAGAACAUAGGAAUUUUAAUAAAUCUAGAGUAUUUAGAUAUCUCUGAUAACAUGUUAUUCGGCACCAUUCCAGAAUUCUUAGAAGGUUUUGUAUUUUUGGAAUCUCUGAAUCUAUCUUAUAACAAUUUUGAGGGCAUGUUGCCGAUCAAAGGAGUGUUCAAGAAUGCAAUGGCGACAUCAGUUGAAGGAAAUAGCAAGCUUUGUGGGGGCAUACCUGAGUUUCAUUUGCCAAAGUGCAAACUCCAGCAUGCAAAAAAGAAAGGAUUGAGCUUAACCAUGAAAUUGGUUCUCUCCCUCGUUUGUGGGAUUCUUGGAGUCAUUUUUGCACUAACCUUUUUGUACCUUUAUUGCUCACGGAGGGACAAAAAGGGUCAAGCUGCAACUGAUUCGGACAAAUUUCCCCAGGUGUCUUACCAAAGUCUUCUAAAGGCAACAAAUGGAUUCUCCUCAACCAACUUGGUCGGUGUGGGCAGUUUUGGGUCCGUUUAUAAAGGACUACUAGAGCAAGGUGAAACUACAGUUGCCAUCAAGGUACUCAACCUCGUUCGUCGCGGAGCUUACAAAAGUUUUAUUGCUGAGUGCAAGGCUUUCAAAAAUAUUAGACACCGUAAUCUUAUCAAGGUACUCUCGGCAUGUUCUGGUUUUGAUUAUCGCGGUCACAACUUCAAGGCCUUAAUUUAUGAGUUCAUGGUUAACGGGAGCUUGGAGGAAUGGCUGUAUCCAAUUCAUACAAUUGGUGAGAGAAAUGAGAGGCCAAGGAGCUUAACAAUUUCUCAGAGGUUGAAUAUUGUUAUUGAUGUUGCUAUGGCAUUGGAUUAUCUCCAUCAUCAUUGUGAGACGCCAAUAGUUCAUUGCGACCUCAAACCCAACAAUAUUCUUCUCAAUGAGGACAUGGUUGCACAUGUAGGUGACUUCGGCUUGGUGAGGUUCCUACCAAAAGCUGCUGAAAAUUCUUCGGGAAAUCAAUCAAGUUCUUUAGGGAUCAAGGGAACCAUUGGUUAUGCUCCUCCAGAAUAUGGCAUGGGUCAUGAAGUGUGGACACAAGGUGAUGUGUACAGCUUUGGCAUCCUCUUGUUGGAAAUAUUUACAGGAAAAAGACCGACCGAUGACAUGUUUCAGGGAACUUCAAACCUCUAUAGCUUUGUGAAGGCAGCUCUGCCUGAGCAAGUGGAAGAGGUUUUGGAUCCCGUUCUUGUUCAAGAAAGCAAUCAUCCUAAUGCGGGGAAGGCAAGGAAUCGCAUCCUAAUCAUAGAAAGUUUAAUCUUUGUUUUAGAAAUUGGUGUUGCUUGCUCAGCGGAGUUGCCUAGAGAAAGAUUGAACAUCUAUGAUGUUGUGGCACAUAUGUGUCGGAUCAGAAACAAACUUCGAGCAAAUGGUAUAUGUGAAUAGAAGCUUAUCGUUAAUAUGUGGUAUAGCAUGUAAUAGUAUUGAUGUUAUGUGAACGCGUUCUCAUAUUUGUUAGAUAAAAAUAUGCAGUACAUAUGGCUAGUUGAUCAAUGCUUGCCAAACAAACUUAUUUGCAUCGAAUUAUACUUGAACAAUGACA